AACAAAUUCGAACGUAGACUACCAAUUCCCGUAUUUUGCUUAUACACACAACACUACUGAACAUUAAGGAAGAGCAAAAAAGUAAAAAGAUGGCGACAACAAUCCAUCCAGUGGCUGUCCUAAUCAAAUAAUGCUCUCCUCUCCGGAGCAAUCGCCUUCGCCGCCGCCGACGAAUACAUGGCCGACUCUCCUCCCAUUUCCUCCGACAAGAACCGCUACACUCUAACUCUUUUCCUCUCCGUUUCUCUCUUCCUCUCCGUCGUCUUCCUCUCCAACCGCCGCUACCUCCAGCAAUCCCUCGACGAUUUCUUCCCCCCAGUCCAUCCCCAAACCCUCACUCCCCCGCCGCCUCCGCCUUCACUCCUCCUCCGGAAACCUAAUCCCGCCGCGGACGAUGAAGAAUCCGAGGCCCGGUCGGUCGCCGCCGAUGUCAAAAAGAACAUUACAGCCGCGGCGAUAGUAGCUGUAGAAGCUGCGGUACUCAAGGAUGUGGAUAGCGGAGCUGCGAAUCGUAGCGAUUCUGCUGCUGCUGCUGCUGCUUCCGAGAUCGCAUCCUCCUCCCCCGAUGCCGGAUUUGGGAGCGGCGGCCGCGAGGAGGAGAGGGAGAGAGUGAUGCGAGAUGGGCUGAAUGACUGCGAUCUGUACAUGGGCAGUUGGGUGAGAGACGAUGAUUACCCGAUUUACAAACCAGGAUCCUGCGAGUAUGUCGAUGAAGCUUUUGAUUGCCAGGGGAAUGGGCGGCCUGAUGCCGACUAUCUACGGUGGCGGUGGAAGCCCCAUGGAUGCGAUCUUCCAAGGUUCAAUGCAACAGAUUUCUUGGAAAGGCUACGAGGUAAGAAGUUGCUGCUGGUUGGGGACUCCAUGAACCGAAACCAAUUCGAAUCGAUCUUAUGUCUACUCCGAGAAGGCCUGCCUGACAAGACUAGAAUGCUUGAGAUCAGUGGCCAUAAAAUUACCAAAGGAAGGGGUUCCUACAUCUUCAAGUUUCUGGAUUUUAACUGUUCUGUGGAAUAUGCACUGUCCCACUACCUUGUUAAAGAAGGGAGUCGAGUUAAUGGACAAGGCAACUCCAAUCCAACUCUGUCCAUAGAUCAAGUUGACAAGACAUCAAAGAAAUGGAAACGAGCCGACAUUAUUGUGUUUAAUACCGGCCACUGGUGGAGACAUAGGAAAACUUCCCGUGGGGUAAAUUACUACAAAGAGGGCGACUACCUCUAUCCCCACCUUGAUGUGACCGAGGCAUAUCGACGAGCUUUGCAGACCUGGGGAAGGUGGAUCGAUCAAAAUUUGAAUACCUCAAAACAAUUGGUCUUCUAUCGCGGAUAUUCGUCAGCCCAUUUCAGAGGUGGAGACUGGGACUCGGGAGGGUCGUGCUACAAUGAGAAGGAACCAGUACUGAACGACGAUGGAGCAAUAGUGAACAGCUACCCUGCGAAGAUGAAGGUAGUGGAAGAAGUGAUAGCAGGGAUGAAGUUUCCUGUUCGACUACUGAAUGUGACGAGGCUUACCAAUUUUAGAAAGGAUGGCCACCCAUCAGUUUAUAGAAAGAGUAGUUCCACGAAUAGUAGCAUUAAAGUGGUACAGGAUUGCAGCCACUGGUGUCUCCCCGGGGUGCCCGAUGCCUGGAACGAGCUCAUAUACGCCAACCUCAUCUUGAAGCUACCGUCGUCCAACGACACUUAGAAAUGAGAACUGUAGGAGUGCAGCAAAAAAAAUUCUGUUUUCUG